AUGAGCAAGGGGCUGGAGCUCCUCUGGGAGCCAUGUGCUUUACCAAUCGCUCAGUUAAGAUGGCUUGUUAUUGCAGUUGGUCUAGUUCGAGCAUACCUGGCUAAAGGUAGCUACCAUAGCCUUUACUAUUCAAUAGAAAAGCCCCUGAAAUUCUUCCAAACUGGAGCUUUGCUUGAGAUUCUGCACUGUGCAUUUGGCAUUGUUCCCUCUUCUGUUGUUCUGACUGCUUUCCAAGUGAUGUCAAGGGUUUUCCUGACGUGGGCAGUAACGCAUAGUGUAAAAGAGGUACAAACUGAAGAUAGUGUCCUGUUGUUUGUGGUGGCCUGGACAAUCACUGAGAUAAUCCGUUAUUCUUUUUAUACGUUUAGCUUGUUAAACCAUCUCCCUUAUCUCAUCAAAUGGGCCAGGUACACUUUGUUUAUAGUAUUGUAUCCAAUGGGAGUCUCAGGCGAAUUACUCACAAUAUAUGCUGCAUUACCCUUCGUCAGGCAGUCCGGCUUGUAUUCCAUUAGUUUACCUAACAAGUACAAUUUUUCUUUUGACUACUAUACAUUCCUGAUCCUGGUUAUGAUCUCUUACAUUCCAAUCUUUCCUCAGCUGUAUUUUCAUAUGCUACAUCAGAGGCGAAAGGUACUCUCCCACACUGAAGAACACAAGAAGUCGGAGUAAUUCCAACUCUUUUUCAGAACUUUUCAAACAUCAAAAUGCUGCAGAUUUUCAAUACCCAGCACGUUUAUAAAGAAUGUACCAGGAUAAAAUAAGUCAGAGGUAAAAGACCAAUAAUUUAGCAAGAAUAACCAAUAAAUCUGAUUUCACUGAAAUUCCACAAUGUAAAACAUUGAAAUAAUUUUCAGCUUGCAGUGCUUCAGAAAACUUUUAAACUUUAUAUGGCUUGGCAGUUAGCCUUUUCCUUUUCCUUGAAUGAUGUGCUAAAUGGUUUUCAUUUAUUACUAAAUGCCUGAAGGUUGCAGAAUGAGUGAUGAAGUUGUACCCACUAAAUGCUUGAAUUGGGAUUAUAUUACUGAUACCUCUUUUUUUUAAAUGCUUGACUGCAUGCCAGAAACUGUAUGUGUUGCUGUGAAAGCAAACAAUAUGCUCUGGAAUACUUUAGGAUUUUGUCAGAGGCUCCAGUGGACAGUGUAAUCCGGGCAGUGUUUGAAUUUAGAAAGGUAGGUCGUGGAUUUAAAAGGUGAUGGGAACAAGAACAGGAAACCAAGUAUGGGAAAUGAGGAGAAUGUGGUUCUUUAGGAAUUUAAACAGUAGGGUGUCUGACCAGAGCGUGUUCUCUGAAGAUAUUGCUUAAGCUGAUUACUCAAAUGCUAAUGUUAAUUCAGAGGCUAUAAUGCUUAUCUGAAACAUUAAAACUCCUCUAAGUACUGCAUCCCUGGAUACUUUUUUUUAAAUAUU